AUGGGGGGAAUGAGAGAUUGGAAGGUUUUCUUGCUUUUAGGCGUAUUUUUUAACGCCAAUAUUUUCCGUACAAACACUUUAUUCUUAUAAACCCGGUUCUGAUACAUUCCUGUCUGUGAACCUUUCCUACAAUGCCGCCUCAACAUCUUACUUUCUUCCAAACGUCUUGGCAGCUCGCCGCCUCUCCCGAGCGCUGCAACCUUUCUGAGACCGCCCGACACCUCUUGUGGAUUUAGUUUCUUUCUACUUUAUUAGCUCCCGCGUGAGUCCUCAAUGAACGCCCAGGGCCCUCGAAUUUCCCUGGGUCAUACGAAAGUGGUCGUCGUCCUCUGCUUUCCCUGCCUGUGCGCCCUGGGAGUGGGGACCAGAUCCGUCCACCUCUAGCUCCAGUUCAGGGGAGAUCGGUGAUUUGGGUACCAGGAACCCCGGAUUAGAGGGAAAUGCCAGCUCUCAGUUGUGCACAACCCUAAUUUUACCUCUUAGAGUUGGUCUGUUAGGAGAAUUCAUGAAGGAAGCUCAGUGUUUUUGUGGACCUUACACAAAGGUGCUUUGUAAAGUCGGAGAGGAGGGACUGAAUGAAUUUAGGAGAGAGGAGUUUGCUGUGCUUAAGGUGAAACCAAGGGCGGGACCUACCCAGAGACACAGAGUAAUUCGUAGAGUUGGAUAGGAACCCAAGCUUGUGACUGAAGAGACCAGAAAUCUUUCUGUUACAUUCUUUGGAAGCAGGUCCUAAGAUCUUUGUAAAUUAUUUUGUGUGGGGAAAAUGCCUAAAGUCAAAAGAAGCCGGAAAGCUCCACCAGAUGGUUGGGAGUUGAUCGAACCAACAUUGGAUGAAUUAGAUCAAAAGAUGAGAGAAGCCGAAACAGAACCUCAUGAGGGAAAGAGGAAAGUGGAAUCUCUGUGGCCUAUCUUCAGGAUUCACCACCAGAAAACCCGCUAUAUUUUUGACCUAUUCUACAAGCGGAAAGCUAUAAGCAGAGAAUUGUAUGAAUAUUGUAUUAAAGAAGGCUAUGCAGAUAAAAACCUGAUUGCAAAAUGGAAAAAGCAGGGGUAUGAGAAUUUAUGCUGCCUGCGGUGCAUUCAGACACGGGACACCAAUUUUGGAACAAACUGCAUUUGCCGAGUCCCCAAAAGCAAGCUGGAAGUGGGCCGGAUCAUUGAGUGCACACACUGUGGCUGCCGAGGCUGUUCUGGUUGAGGCCCUCAGACUCUGACCCCUCUGCCCUGGACUUUGGACUUCGCAGAACUCUGCCACCCUCAGAGAAAGCAGCUUUUCUUGUGGAGCCAAUAUUGCCCCACGCCCACACUGGAGCGUGGCUUCUACAUGUGAAGCACUUGGUGUUCUUUGCCUGUGAUUUAUAGAAAUAAAACUUUGAAACCUC